UUCUGCUGUCGUUAACGCCCCUGUAUAAAUUCAUUGAUUCAAAACAAAAAAGUAUAGAGGUAUCUAUAUGCCAUUCUAACCCUUUUAAAGUAUAUAUAUGAUUUAAAAUAUGCAUAUUGAUUUAUUUUGAUAUGAGUUGUAAAAACCAUAUGCAUCAACAAGAUGAUAAAUAAAUAUAACAAUCAUAGUAUAAGAUCAUAUAAAAAGUACUAUAAUGGGUUCCAGAUUAAGGGAAAAUGUAAAACAGUUAUUUGAGUGUUUUUGUGAAGUAGCUCAAACAAAUGGAGAGAAACAAGCGUGGAUAACACAAAAGUAUCCUGAAUCAUACGAUGAUUUAGAAAUAUUAAAAUCUGUUCCUAAAUUUGCUUAUCCAUGCGAAGUAGAAAAUUUUGUAGUACAACAUUUUUCAUUUGUACUUACAAGUAUAGAUUCAAAAUGGACAUUUGGAUUUUGUAGACAUGAUCCAAAAACAGAAACAGCUUUAGUUGUUCUUAGUGCUUUACCAUGGCAUGAAAUAUUUUAUAAAUUAUUAAAUUAUAUAGCAACAUUAACCACUAGUAAAAAUGAUACAGAUUUAUGGAAAUUUCUUAAAGAUACUUAUGAGGCUACUAUUCCAAUUUCAGGAGCAUCAAUCAGUAUUUUAUUACCAGAUUCUAAAACUACAUUCAUUUAUCAAAGACCAAAACAAUUCCAACUGCCAAGUAUACCAGAAAAUAGAAAUUUGACAGAGUAUUUUAGUGCAGUUGAUUCUCAUAAUAUGAUGAUUAUAUUUUCCUCAAUGUUAUAUGAAAGACGAAUUAUUUUCACAUCUAAAAGAUUGUCCAGAUUAAGUGCAUGUGUGCAAGCUUGUAAUGCAUUAAUAUACCCAAUGAUUUGGCAACAUAUAUUUAUACCAGUUUUACCUUUUUCAUUAACUGAUUAUUUAUUAGCCCCAAUGCCAUUUCUAAUUGGAGUACCAUCACCAAUACUUAAGCGUGUUCGUCAAAAUGAUUUAGGAGAAGUUGUUAUUCUUAAUGCAGAUGAUAAUACUAUUAAAUCUCCUUUCCAAGACUUGGAAUCUUUACCUCAAGAUGUGGUAACAAAUUUAAGAAAAGCAUUACGUAAUCGACCUGCUCUGCUUGGCGAUGGCGUUUCUAGAGCAUUUUUACGAGCUUUAGUUCAAUUAACAGCUGGUUAUCGUGAAGCGCUUACUUUACAACAAGACCAACAUAAUGACCAUGUACAAAUAACUUUUGAUCAAGAGGCUUUCGUUGAAAAUCGACCUAUUUCCAUGCAACCUUUUCUUAGGAAAAUGCUGGAAUUGCAAAUUUUUCAACAGUUUAUUGAAGAAAGGUUACAUAUGCUGAAUUCAGGGCUUGGUUUCUCAGAUGAAUUCGAAAUGGAAGCUUGCAACUAUUCCGAUAAGUCUGGCCGCAAAUUUAUGCAACAAUAUCGAGAGUGGACUUAUGCUAUGCGUAAAGAAGGUUCUGCUUUCAUUCGUAGUGUUAAAGAUAAGGCGAAUCCUGCUGUAAAAUAUGCUGUAAAAUCGGUUAGAGAUAAAGGAAAAGAUAUGAAGACAGUUUACAAAGGCCUUAGAUGGAAAAAUCGCGUUAGUAGAAACGAGAGUACUAUGCGAUUUCAUCAACCUAGAUCUGCUCCAAAUUCUCCAACACUAGAUAGAAGGUCCAUAUCUUUUUCUUCUUCAACUAUAUCUUCUAGUGGCCGUACGCCGAUAACUAAUUACCGGAAAGAUCUUCGACUUCGCAGUAGUAAUGUCGAAACAAGUAGAAAGCAGUACACAACACUAAAUCCUAAUUUACUGGAUGACCAGGAUUCGCCACCUGAAAGAAUAGAAAUCGAUCUUAUGAAUGAGUUGCAUGAUGUGAUCUUCCCUAAUAUGCCUGCAGUGGACAGAGCUUUGAAACCAGUCUGCAGUUUAGAGAGUUUGAGAUCUGCAUGGAGUGGACAUUUGCGACAUGGUCCUCCACCUAAUCCUAUUCCUUAUGAACAUUAUCAAUUCCCAAAAUGCUUUACAUCUACAGUCAUAGUCCCUGAAGACCUUCGUUUUCAAAACCCAACUCGUCCACUUCUCUUUUCUUCUCAAGUUGUAUCAGGUAAUACAUCUCAAUUAUACAAACAAAAUAAUAGUAGCACGAACUCUCGAGAGAUGAAAUCUAUCAGCUCAAACUUACUUAAAAACAAGACUCCCUUAAUUCAACUCUCCUCUAUUCAAAUGAAUAGUGAUUUGAGUAAAAUAAAAUCUUUCAAUAUCUCAAAUGAGUCCGUCAAUCCAACCAAUCUUUCUAUCAAACGAGAGAAUUUCAACUACGAAAUGCCCAAUGGCAAUUCAAAGGUAAACAGGGAGUUUACGAUGCAUGAAUACAAGAAUGGCAAUAAAAAUACCAAUAACCUUGGAAUAGAAAAUCCACUUGUGAUAUAUUCAAAACCUAGUAUUAUAAACGACAUUUUUACAUAUCAAAACAUAAGCAAUCCUUUCAGUACCAAUCCAUUUUUUAAUUCAUUUCCUGAUCUCCUAUUUCACAUAGAAAACCAUAGAUUGCCUGUCGAAUCACUUUCAUCAUUAAAACAUAUUGAUUCCUGUUCUACACAUCCAAAGGCUAUCUCAUCAGAUGUACAAGAUUUGAUUAAACUAGAUUCAUCAAAUAAUGACGAUUUUGAUCCAUUGCUUUCAAAGUCAUCAAAUGACUUACCUGAUAGCAAUAUUUCUAAAAAAAUAAGCCAGUCUCUUUAUGUACCGGAAAUGAGCGAGGGCUUAAGCAAUCCACUCUAUCCAUAUUUUACUCCGCAACAAUACAAGUCAGAGUUUACAUCUUGUAUUCAACCUAAGGAAUGUGAUGUGGAUCUGCUGCAAGAAUAUGGUCUGGAUUUUAAUAAAUUUAAUUUAUCAAAUGGAAAUUUAAAUACAGAUAAUACAUCAUCCUCAAAGAUGAAGUUACAGUCAAAACAGAAGUCAAAUUUCAAUAAUAGCAUUGAUAAAAAAUCUUUUGACGUAUCUUUUAAUACAUCUCAGCAAACCAUAAAAUCACCAAGCAAUUGGACCAAAUUUGAUUAAACACUAUGUUUGUUAUAUGUUUGAAUUU